CUUUUUUGGGUUAAAUUCAGUCUAGACAGCUGUUUCUCCUGUACAUUGUGUAAUAUAGCAAUAACUAAAUUUUAUAUUUCACUAGCUUUGUUUAUUGUGUAAUUUUAGCAGUGUUUUGUGUAAUAUUUAAUUCCAGAAUGUGGAAUUGCUGCCAGUGAGCACUUUAUACGACUAGUUCCGUAAUGUACUGCUAUAGUUAAAGCACUUCUAUGAUUCUGUGUGUGAUUUAUUGGAGUUAUGAUUCACUGUGCUGCCAUUUUGUUCUUUGACGUUGCAUUUUUUACUGAUGGCAUUUUGGGGUUAAUUGUUUGGCAGUUAGUUGCUAAAAGUGAAUAGCCAUGAUCUCAUACUGUAAUUGCUCUUUUUUUCCUGUUAAACUUUAAAAACUCGCAAACGUCAGCGUCAACAAAUCAAUCAUGUGACCUUUUCUCUUAAGUGGAUUCACUUCUGAACCAAUUUCAUCAGAACUUCCUCAAAACAGACAACUUCAGCUGCUCUGAUUUUAAAUGAGGGCGCGCUGGAAAGAAGCCUGAACCACAAAUUCAAGUAAUGUAUUAACAAGCGAGUCCCUGCUCGGGUGUAGGAUGGCAACAUGCCACCGACUUAUGAUUUUAAGACAUUAGAUUAAACCCAAACAAGAUUGGGUUUGCAUUAUUCAUCAGAACCAAUCGCUAAAAGGGAUCUCCGUCCAUCUGAACCGAGAGUGUGUCACUUCUGACGUCCUCACUGACUCCGCAGAAAAUCCUCAUCGCAUCCAUCUGUAUUAUGUCUACAGAUAACCUGUCAAUCCGUGUAUCAUUCGUUCAUUUGUUUUUCAUAAUAAAACCAAAAUUACAGAAACGACAAAACGACUUGUUUUUUCAUAGUUUGUUUCGAGGACCAAAAUGAAAAAACGGAAAACGAAUCGUUUUUCCGUUUUCCGAUUUUCUGCACAAUUGGAAAAUGGAAAGAACGGAUAACGGGGUGAUUGUUACUUUUUCAUAGUUCGAUUUGAUGUUGACCGCAUCACCCGGAAGUGAACCUUUCAGAAACGCGAGUGCUCAGCAGUCUGCUUCAUGUGGUUCGGAAGUUUUGUUACGCGCGAGUUCUACCGACUCACUGUUAAGCGCAACGUGGUUCAAGAUCAACAUUAAGAGCGACAUGGCUGGACUGGACGAUAACGCCGACAUAAUUUUUCAACUUUUUGAGGAGGGAAGAACGCAUGCCGAAAUUGCCAGCACACUCCGACAGAUGGGUGUACUACGAUGCUCCGAAAUGUCAGUCAGAAGAUUCUGCAAUCGGCACCAGCUCAGACGAAAAGGACAUGUUUCCGAUGCAGAAUUGGAAGUAGCAGUCAUUUCCUCAAUUGAUAAAACAGGUCCAUCAUAUGGCCGAAAAUUUAUGACCGGAUUUUUGUCAUCACUGGGUUUAAGAGCAGGAGAAUGUCGAGUGGGAAGGGUUCUCAGAGAGGUGCACCAGCCCUAUAAUGAAAUGCGUCGGCAGGGAGCACGUAACCUGAACCCUGUUCCUUACCACGCUGAGUCAAUGGGCCACAAACUCCACAUUGACCAAAAUGAGAAGCUGGGAAUGUUUGGAGUGACUCAUGUACUGGCAAUCGAUGGAUUCAGCAGUAAAAUCGUUGCUAAUUUCACAAUGCCAGUGAAGAACAAUCUCAUUAUUUAUGAGGAAGUUUACAGGGCGGCAGUUACUAACAAUGGCAUGUGGGACCAGCUCAGAGUUGAUCAUGGCAGAGAGUUUUUCUUAACCCUUUACGUUCAAGAGAAGUUGUCUCAACACAGACACAACACCAACAGGCUACCUUACAUUCAGACAACUUCUUCUAGGAACCUACGAGUUGAAAGAAUUUGGCCAGAGGUCAAUAAUCGAGUGAACUACCCCCUAAAACAAGCUCUUGUUCACCUGCUGGAUCAAGAGUUGAUUGAUAUGGAGGAUAAUAUCAAUAAAUUUUGUAUAUCCAAUCUGUCAUGUCAAGUGAGUCAAAUUGGACUUGGCAGGGUUGUCCAGUCGUGGAAUGCACACAGAAUCCCUGGAAGGGGGAUACCGAACGAUCUUGCUGCUGGUGGUUGUGCAGCGAGAAUUCCCCCAGAGAUGCUGCCCAGUGCUGGUGAAGCAGCACAAAUGUAUGAGCUGGAGUUGGGGUCGUCCCUGACUUGGAACUCAUCCUUUGGCUCUGAUCCAUUUUCAUCAGAGGAAGGCCGACUUUAUGCUGAGCAGCUGUUUGGAGAGCGGAUUCCUGACAUUUCUCUUCUUUUUGACUCUGUUGUGAACAAUGACCACAGUAUGUUUCAAGAAGCACUGUUGUACCUGAUUCAUGUGACUGGAAGGCAUGCAGAGUGAUUAUUAAUACAUGAUGUACUUGCCAAACAAUAAGUGAGCUCAAUUAUAAAUAAAAGUCAAGUUUAGAACACUGCAUAUUUCUUUAUUUGACAAAAUUAUAAGUAUAAAACCAUGUAAACAAAGGGCUGACUGCCACAGUAAAGUGCUUAACAUGAACUAUCUGGUUUUCCAAAACACAGUGCUAAAUUAUACAUAAAAACUAUAUUUACUACAGGAGCAACUUUUCCAGUGGUGCCAGGGCCUCACCAAGUCCAGCCACUUCAUGGAUGUUGUCCUCUAAAUCGUCUUCACGACAUUUGGGGCAGGAAGUGCUGGUUUUGCACCACUCUGUUACACACACCUUACACCCAAUCAGGCUUCUACAGCAGGUGGAGAACAUUGGUCGUUUUAAAAGACCUGUGAGUUCAUAGAAAAAUGAAAAAAAUAAAAGUUUAAAAAAUUUCAUUUGUUAAGGAGAUAAAAACAUUAUUUAAUCAGCUUUAUUAGACAUACAAUUCAUAUCAUUUGACUGUAUAAGAACCAGGACAGUGAGAGCAGUGUAGUAUUGAGUGCGUCAUAGUCCAUGUUGAUUAAUAAAUUUAAGAGUACCAACCUUUACAGACGAGACAGCUACAGAUUUCUCUUAAAGAGGCUGCUUCGGCUUCUGACAGAGACAAGGUUGUCGUCAUCGUGGAAUGACCAAAUCCACUGAGAUCUUUGAUAAUCUGUGACACUUCCUUUAAUCCUUGGGCUGCCUCCACAACAUCUUCAAUGUCGGCUACAACCUCUUGAAGGCCAGUAUCUUCUCUGCGACUGAAGAACAUUUUAAUUCAAUGUUUAACAUAGACAGACAAUCACUUCAGAUUCCUCAGAAAAGCUGCAGUCAGGAAAUUCAUAAAGGGGAAAAAAAAACCCAAAAAACAAACCACACGCACAAACUUAUAUUUCUAUCCUUGUUAGGGCAUCGUGAGGUUUUUCAUUGACUUCCUUGGUUUCCCCAGCCUCUCACACUUAAACAUAACUAUCCAAAAUAAAUGGCUAACCUUAUCCAAACUAAUAUCCAAUUAAAAUGACCUAGUUAUUUUUAAGUUUCAACCCUCAAAUUUGACUUCAACCUCGUUCGGAGCAGCAAAACGGUCCCAACUAAGCCAUAUUUCAUCACAAGAAGGUGUUUGUUUGUUUUUUUUAAACAGAAUCAGAACCCUUUGUGGACAUCAUAUGAAAGUUAACACAAACAUCGAUCGAAAAAAGUAAAAGAGUCUUCACUGACCUCAGCCGCCUCCUCUUAUUAACCUGGAGCAGAUGAGCUUCAGGUACUGCAAAUACUUUCCUGGAAUUUUGCUUCCAGUAUACUGAUCCUGACAAGAAUAAAUAAGAUUAGUCUUUGUCAUAAAAAAUGUUUUAUUAUGUUUCAACCAUGUAUAUUCUGCCCUGUGGAUUAAUUAUAUCUUAAAGGUAAGUUCUUUUUUUUUCUAAACAAAUCCAAAGUACAGAGCUAUUAUUAAAAUAUGUCCUUUCGUGCGAAUA